UUGUUUUAAAAGGAAUAUAUUCACAGAAAUAGUAAACUACAUCCCUAUCCCUUGCCUUCCCAACCUCCCGUCAACCCCAACACCCUAUUUCCACAUCCACAAAUACCACGGAUAUGUCGUUAGAAGGCACUCCUUUGACCCCCCAGGUCACCCGCAGCAAGCCUGCCAAAACCCCCAGAUCAUCGAAAAAGUCGGUUUUUGAUCAAACGUACAUAGAGGAAGAAGACCAGACGUAUGUUUAUGCUGAAGGUGUGAGUGAUGACGACGAUGAUGACGAUGUGUAUAGUGAUGAGGACGACUUGAUAGCCGAGUUGGAAGAUGACGAAAAUACCACCGAUGUUGAGAGCGACCUACAAGAUAAGGAGAUCAUAAACUCUGCUAGCCGCAACCAGGUGGAGCCCGAACCGUCCAACACCUUGGGUAUCACUUUCGACCCCAGUAAAGCACCCAGCAAGUUCCGGAAGUUUCUUGUCAAACACGAGAUUAUCAGAAAAGGAUUUCAUUCGUCGAUUGGAGUUGCUUCCUUGUGGUUCUACACGCUUGGAGCCGCCCACACGCAGUUUAUCAUGCCGUUGGUGGUGUUGUUUGUCAUAAUUUUUACCAACGACUGUAUUCGGUUCAGCAACCCCGAAAUAAAUAAGAUAGUAGUUGAACGUUUCUACUACUUGAUACGGGAAUCUGAAAUUGACCAUUUCAACGGUACCUUGUAUUAUUUGGCUGGAUUGAUCUUGGUGUUUUCCACUUUACCCAAGGACAUUUCGUUGAUGAGCGUGUUGCUUCUUAGCUGGGCAGACACAGCCGCUUCGACGUUUGGAAGACAAUUUGGCAAAUACACUUUCCAGAUCACUAAGGGCAAAUCAUUUGCCGGAGCAAUGGCGAGUUUUGCCGCAGGAAUUUUCAGCUGCUACUUGCAAUAUCGCUUCUUCUUUGUGCACUGGCCCCAGGUGAACGAACCCGGCUCGAUUAUGUGGACCCCAGCCACAUCCAAGUUGAGCAUCCAUGCGUAUGCGGUUUUAUGCGGUGCGGUAGCCAGUUUUUCAGAGUUUGUGGACUUGUAUGGUAUUGAUGAUAACUUCACCAUUCCCGUGUUGGGGGGAUUUAUCCUCUACGGGGUGGUGAAAGCGUUUGAGACCUAGACUUAAUUAUAGAUAAUUGUUAUAUUAUGAUACUUCAUUCAUUUAGUGAUACCCAGUGACGCAAUUAGUGCACCUAUUCAUAGACAUAAUUCAUUAAAUUGUUUCCUUAUUAAACUAAGACUUGAACUUCUUGUACUCGUCGUACCCCAAAGUGUGCUUCAACCCCUCGUAUGUUUCAAGCUCCAUCCAUCCCUGGCUCAAUCCCUCGCUAUAAAACUUCAACGUAUUGCUCUUGGACACUGAAUUGUAAUCAGCCUUUCUGAGCAAGUACCACAAGGUCGUAAGCUGGUCCCACUGUUGUUCUUCUGCCACACUAGGCAAGAAAGUGCCCGAAUAAUACCGCCCGUCGUACUCAAACGAAAGCUUGAGUCCAUGAGUACCAACCUUCCAGGACAAAGCAUCGCUGAUGGGCGUGAAGUUAUCCAAUAAUGUAACAUCACAAGAUAAAUGAGGGAGCUCUGCCAACGAUAUUGACGGGAACCGGGGGUCCUCGAGGGCGGCUGUUAACGCAAACCGCUUGACACCCCGUUCAAUUGGUUGUGCUGCAAAUGUUCCAAUACAUCCUCUAAGGUUGUCAUCUUUGUCCCAGGUGACGAAUAAUGGAGCUUUAUUAGGAAAGCUGUCAGGGGCUUCAUGGACCUCCGAAACAAUGGAAGCUAAUGCAAGUGGCUUGGAGUGCUUGAGUUCCGAGUACAAUGUGUCGAACGCAUACAAACACAAUGCUUUGGACAUGAUUAUGUGUAAGUAAGGGGUGGAAACGACUG